AUGGCUGGAGACAUGACGACGUACAAGGGCAAGCCCUUCGACCGGCCCUCGCUCGAGUCGCUCAUGAAGCGACGCCUGUUCUACACGCCCGCCUUCGACAUCUAUGGCGGCGUGUCGGGCCUGUACGACUUCGGCCCGCCCGGCUGCGCCCUCACCAACAACAUCGUCGACGUGUGGCGCAAGCACUUUGUGCUCAAGGAGAACAUGCUCGAGGUCGACUGCACCAUGUUGACCCCCCACGAGGUCCUGAAGACGUCCGGCCACGUCGACAAGUUCGCCGACUGGAUGAGCAAGGACCCCAAGACGGGCGAGAUCUUCCGCGCCGACCACCUGGUCGAGGAGGUCCUGGAGUCGAGGUUGAAGGGCAACAAGGAGGCACGCGGCGAGAAGGUCGACGCCGAGGAAGACGACCCCAAGAAGAAGAAGAAGAAGGUCAAGAACAUCGCCGUCGUCAGGAUGGACGACGCCACCGUCGAGGAAUACGAACAAGUCCUUGCCAAGAUCGACAACUACAACGGCGAGGAGCUUGGCCAGCUCAUGGUCAAGUACGACAUCAGGAACCCCGCCACCAACGGCGAGCUGCAGCCGCCCGUCGCCUUCAACCUCAUGUUCCAGACCUCCAUCGGCCCCUCCUCCAACAUGCCCGGCUACCUGCGCCCAGAGACCGCCCAGGGCCAGUUCCUCAACUUCCAGAAGCUGCUCGAGUUCAACCAGCAGCAGAUGCCCUUUGCCUCUGCCUCCAUCGGCAAGUCUUUCCGAAACGAAAUCUCCCCGCGAUCCGGUCUGCUGCGCGUGCGCGAAUUCCUCAUGGCCGAGAUCGAGCACUUUGUAGACCCCGAGGGCGGCAAGAAGCACCCUCGCUUCGACGAAGUCAAGGACGUGGAACUCGAGCUUCUCAACCGCGACGUCCAGCUGUCUGGCAAGACCACCGUCGAGACCACCAAGGUUGGCAAGGCCGUCGAGACGGGUCUGGUGGACAAUGAGACGCUUGGUUACUUCCUGGCCCGCAUCCAGCAGUUCCUCCUGAAGAUUGGUAUCGACUCCAAGAAGAUCCGGUUCAGGCAACACAUGGCCAACGAGAUGGCCCAUUACGCUGCCGACUGUUGGGACGCCGAGCUGUUGACAUCGUAUGGCUGGAUAGAGUGUGUUGGCUGCGCUGAUCGAAGUGCAUACGAUCUGACUGUCCACAUGAAGAAGACCGGCGCACCUCUGGUCGUACGCGAGCCACGGAAGGAGCCCCUCAAGAUUGAGGAGUGGCAAUGCGAUAUCGAGAAGAAGAAGUUUGGUCCCAAAUUCAAGAAGGAUGGCAAGACGGUUGAGGCUGCUAUCGAAGCCUUGUCGCAAGACCUGCGCGAGAAGCUCUCGCUGGACCUUGAGAAAGACGGCAAGAUUGUCAUCGAUGUCCCCGGUGUCGCUGAUGGCAAGGUCGAAGUGCCCAAGGAGCUCAUCACCAUCGAGAAACGCACACGGGUAGAGAACGUAAGGGAGUACACACCCAACGUUAUCGAGCCAUCCUUCGGUAUUGGCCGGAUAGUCUAUGCCCUUUGCGAGCACAUCUACUGGACACGCGAGCAAGACGAGGCUCGUGGCGUCUUGUCUUUCCCACCCACAGUCGCACCGACCAAGGUCCUCAUCGUGCCAUUGAGCUCGCACUCAGACUUCAAGCCCUUUGUGCGAACACUGAGCGACAAGCUGCAAGAAGUUGGCAUCUCCACACGUGUCGACGACUCCGGUGCAUCAAUCGGAAAGCGUUACUCUCGUAACGACGAGCUUGGUACACCACUCGGCAUCACUAUCGACUUCCAAUCCGUCAAGGACAACUCAUUCACAUUACGAGACCGAGAUUCGACAGAGCAGGUCCGCGCUGGUCUGGAUGAGAUUACAAAGGCUAUUUCCAGCCUAGCGAACGGCACUGAAAAGUGGUCGGACAUCGCUGCGCGUCUGCCAAAGUUCGAGGGUCAGGAUGUGGACUGA